AUGUCAUCUUCAUCUUCUGAAGAAGAACAAUCGCAGCCAAUUAGGGCUUCUGAAAUUCAGACAUCUUCACGAUCAUCGAGAGACGGCAAAGGGUUCCAGUUCGAAGAUAUCGAUAUCGUUAACUCUGGCGCUGCCGAUCUAUCGUAUCCUGUUGUUUGUCCUCCACCGAUGAUACUAUCAGGUUAUUCAAGACCUUUGCCACCCUCGGAGUACGAUCAAGCAGUCGCUUCUAAGGAAUCAGCGGCUAAAGCCGCCGAAGAAGAAAGAAACUCCAAGGAAGCCGCGUAUAGGGCAGAAGCCGAAAGGAAAGCAGCCCUUGAAGAAAGAGUCAACAGGAUAGUUGCCCUUUAUCUAUUGCCGAAGCCCAAACCAGAUCCCAAAUCACCCGCCGAGGUAGCUGCCGCCGCCAAGGAAGCCGAGGAAGCAUAUUACGAGGUAUUAGCGGACAAGGAGGCUGACGACGCAGCAGUAGCCGCUAGGUGGCAAGCCGUGAGAGAUGCAACCAAUCUGACAUCGUCGGAGUUGCCAACGUCCCAAACAGAAAAGAAGGAGAAAUGGAUGGAGUACUAUAAGUUGAUGCACGAUACCCAGGGUUUUGGCAUCACCUGGGCUCCUGAUGAUUCCUGCACAGCACCCAUCUUACCUCGUAAAUUCAGAGAAGAAGAGGAUAAAGUCAAUGAGAUGAUCCAGGAAUGCAUUGCCUUUUACAACAUCAAUCAUGACCAGAAAUACGCCUACGAUGUGAUUAAUAGCGAGAUCGAGAAUGUGGCAUUUGCACCCAAACUUAAUAGUACUCUGUAUUACAUUACCUUCACAGCCUUUGCAGUUGGUAAUUCCAAAAUCCAAGAAACCUUUCUAGGUCAGUAUCUUGACCAUCACCCCAUCAAGUUUCGUAGUCGUUUUUGUGGUUUAGAGAGUGAGUGUGAGAGUGAGGGUGAGGGUGAGGGUGAGGGUGAGGGUGUCGGUGUGGGUUAUGAGGAUUCAUCCGAGGAUGAGGACGACUCGUCUGAGGAUGAGGAUGAGGAUAAGGACGAAGAUGAGGAGGAGAAGGAUGACGACACCAACAAGGAGCAGGGCGAGGGCAAGGGUGAGGGUGUAGGUGUGGGUGUGGGUGAUGAGGAUUCAUCCGAGGACGAGGACAACUCGUCUGAGGAUGAGGAUGAGGAUGAGGACGAAGAUGAGGAGGAGAAGGACGACGACGACGACAACAAGGAGCAGGGCGAGGCUGAGGGAGAGAGUGAUGAGAGUGAUGAGAGUGAUGACAGUGAUGACAGUGAUGACAGUGAUGACAGUGAUGAGGCUUGGGUGGUGCAGUCACGAGUGGUCUUUUGCGCCAUCAAAGAUGAGGCAUUCCGGGAUUGGAAUCUGGAUCAGCCCUGCACACUUUCUUGCUGUCUACAGUUUAGCAUGUACCUUCGCAGUCUCGGGGGUCGCUCUAGUGACACAUUUUUGGACUACAUAAAGAAGCGCUUUCAGGACUCAAGGCAACAAGCAGGAACAUCAUCCUCUGUAGGGCAGAAUUCAGUCCAGUGAGCACCCUCUUCAAUGUAAUAACAAU